UAUCAAGUGGAUUUUAUUGCGUCAACGUCAGGGUCUUUUCGUCACUCGACCCUCGUCAGAGCCUUCUGAAUCACUAAUGGACAAAGUCUAGUGAUUGCUCUCGGCGAACUUGGAAUCGUUGGAUGCCUGCAGUUUGUUUGCCACAGAAUACGACAAGAAAAAGUGCUUGUUCGGGACUUGUUGUCAAUGUCGUACAAAGGCCUUCAAUUCCUGCAAGCUAUCAAUGCAAGUGGAGCCACAGUACAAACCAUAAUUGCUAUGGGCAAUGCAUUCUCCAGUGCCUACACCCUUUGUCGUGAUCCCGCCGAUCUCGACAGUGCCAUCCAAAUCUUCGCGUACGCCAUAAAGCGCUGUCCAGAUAUCGACCCUGGUAAACCUAAACACCUACACGACCUUGCGCACCUGCUUCUCGAGCGCGACCAUGGCGAUGACAUCGACUCGGCAUGCUCGGUGCUCGCGGAUGCUGUCCGGCUCGAUUCCGAGAACCCGAAACUUAUGCAGUGUCUUGCGCAAACGCUAGGCACGCGUUACAAGAAACGUUCCAACGAUCCUGCGGAUCUAGAGAGAGCCGCCCAGAUAUGGGAGCGUUGCUUGCAGUUCACUCCACAGGGUGACGUGCGUAGGCCUGCACGCCUCGCCAGCUACUGCAUAUGUCUCGCCGACCUCUCGAAAUGGAGGCGCAUACCCCUGCUUCAAAAGGUUGCCGUUAUGGUGCAUCAAGCUACCCAACGCUUCACACAUCGCUCCGCCGAAAAUGCUCCGUUAUUGCAUGUUCUCGGCGUCUCGUUAAUGCGAGCCUUUGAAUGCACUGGUGGCGACCUCGGUAUUCUACAUCAAGCAAUCAACAUGUUAUCGGCUGCCAUCCAACUUACUGCGCACGAUAAUUCGGCAUACCCACACUUCAUGAUUGACUAUGGUCAUGCGCUUUGGGUGCGUCAUCGUUGGAUCGGUGAUGCCGGCGACCUCGAUGAAUCUAUUCGGGUCCUCGAGGAUUUGGCAGGAUCUCUCACCAGUAAUCACAUCUGCUGGCGUGACAUCCAAAUCAACCUUGGCAAGGCGUACCUAUACCAUUUCCAACGCAGCCAUGAUAUGUCUGAUAUCAACAGAGCUAUAAAGAUGCUGGACAAAGUUCUGCACCUCAUUCCGAGUGGACAACAGUUCGAUCACUACGUGCAUGGUCUACUUGCCCAGGCACUGAACUGGCGAAGUUACUGGCAAAGCAAUACGAGUUCCAAGUGCGACGAGGGAGGGGACAUCGAGAGGUCCAUCUCCCUAUACCAGAAAGGUAUCGACAAUAUGGCAGAGAAUGAUCCCGACAUGUACCAGCACCUGGGAGGUCUCGCUAUUGCGCACAUCAUACGCUAUGAGUCACUUCAGGACCGCAGUGAUAUGGAUCGAGCGACUGUGCUUCUCGAGAGAGCUCUAAUGCAGACCCCGGAUGGCCACCCGCAUCAAGCACUACAGUCGCACAUUUUGACGGAUGCGCUCCUCGAGCGCUCUCAGAGAUUCGAGACAGCGGAGGACCUAUUAAAGGCUAUGCUGUAUUAUUCCAUGGUUGCCCGGUCGAGCUCAGCAACCGUCUACCACAGAUUCAUCGCCUGCAACUCAUGGGCAAUGUGCACUCGUCUAUUGAAGAACUCUCAGUCGUUGGAGCCGUACUCCCUUGCAAUCGAGCUUUUACCCCAAAUUGCCUGGCUUGGGUUGUCCGUGAAGGAUAGCCAGCGUCGCGUGAAGAAUGCAGGACUCAUAAUCUCAGAGGCUGCUGCAUCGGCCAUACAAUUCGGCCAGCUCGAAUUAGCUGUUGAGUGGCUAGAGCAAGGCCGUUCGAUCGUAUGGGGUCAGAUGCUCCAACUUCGCACUCCACUAGAUGACUUGCAUAAGGCGCAUCCUGACCUGGCAGUGGAAUUACAGCGCUUAUCCAAGGAGUUGGAGAUCAUGCGCAUUCACCGGAGUGUCAUAGAUGUUGCCGAUAGCUCCCUCAGAUCGACCGGAAGGUCCACCCAUGAUCUAGCUUGCGAGAGAGAAGACCUCCUGCAGAGGAUCAGGACGUUGGAAGGCUUCAAGCAAUUUCUGUUACCAAAGACUUUCUCGCAGUUACUCUCAGCUGCAAACGACGGCCCUGUGGUCAUGAUCAACGUCAGUGGUCUCCGUUGUGACGCAUUGAUCUUAAUUCAGGACGUAAAUGAGCCCAUUCACGUUCCUUUGACCGGAUUCUCGUAUCAGCAUGCUCAGGAGUUGUACAACUCACUGAGAACCUGCAUUGCUGCUAGCGGUCGCGACAUCAUUUCGAAUUCAAAUAGGGAGGCGAAAUCCGUACCGUCAAAAGAAGCUGAAUGUGGCCUCGCUUCAACGUGGCCUCCAUCCCUCGAUUCCUUUUCCAGGGUUAAUGCGCGCGAUAUUGCAUCGCAUACCGAUCGUUUAGCGAAGUUAACGUUGGUCGAUCGACCAUUGCAAGGACCUGAGACAGUCCUCGAACAUAUUCUAUCUGAGCUUUGGCACCGUGUUGUUAAACCGGUCCUAGACAGCCUAGCUAUCUCGUCUCCUUCAGCAGGCGAGCCCCACAAACUUUCCCGCAUAUGGUGGUGCCCUACUGGCCCAUUGGCACUUCUUCCAAUCCAUGCGGCGGGCAUCUACGGCACAGCUGAACCAGCACCGAAACUACACGACUAUGUCCUGUCGUCGUACACACCUACGCUUACCACCCUGAUCAACGGCCACCACAGAAAUGUUCCACGUCGGCCCAAGAUCCUCACAGUUGCACAACCAUUUGCCCACGGACAAUGUCCUAUUCUGGGGACGCGACAUGAACUGGAUAUCAUCAGCAAGCGUAUAGAAGACUUCGCUUCCGUACGACUCGAGGAAGAUGCUGCUACUGUCGAGGAGGUCAUGAAUGCGAUGACAGAAUCUAAUUGGGUUCACUUCGCUUGCCAUGGUGUCCAGGACAUGCGGAAUCCGACGGAAAGUGCACUGCUACUUGCUGGCAGCUCACGGCUGACGAUGUCGGAGAUGAUGUCGUUAUCCCUUCCCCACGCGGAACUCGCAUUUCUUUCCGCAUGCCAGACAGCCAUGGGGACGGAAGAGCUAAAGGAUGAGGCGAUCCAUCUUGCGGCCGGGAUGCUAUUCGCUGGUUAUCGCGGCGUCAUCGGGACGAUGUGGUCUAUCAUGGACAGUGAUGCCCCUCAGGUGGCAGACGAUGUAUAUGCACAUCUGUUCAAGGAUCAACAGCCUGACGCGACAGAGGCAGCAUACGCUUUGCACGUUGCAACGACAAACCUGCAUAAGCAGGGCAAGCCUCUACUCAAUUGGGUGCCAUUCAUUCACAUCGGCGUUUGACGUGGAAUGUGAAUAGCAUCGAUGCAUGGGGAAUGUAGGAGUUGAAAUGUACGGCAUGCCCCAUCCUGGCAGCCACUCAUUCCAUCCUAAUGUCAGCUCCGCUUUGUUCACAUGGGUGUUUGACGGGGGCAACGAGAGAUUGUAGAAUGCAUCACUUAUCUUUGGUUUGGCCCUUGCUUGUGAUGUGGGUAUUGUACAAUGGCCCGCUGAAUUACUAGCUUCAUCUAGCAUCCAUCAUAUACCUGACUAGCUUCGCCUUCCACUUCUCAAUAUAUC